GCCAACAGGCUGACUGAAGACCGAAGGCCCUGGAGGACCGAGGGUCCUGGAGGACCGCGGACCUGGAGGACCGAAGGCCCUGGAGGACCGAAGGUCCUGGAGGACCGGGGACCUGGAGGACUGAAGGACCUGGAGGACCGAAGGCCCUGGAGGACCGAAGGCCCUGGAGGACCGGGGACCCGGAGCUGGAUGCCCCGAAGUGGUGAAGCUGGAGAAAAGGGCUUGGUGAACUCUCUGCACUCGUCAUCUGGUACUGUCUGAUUCCAGAUGUGGUCUCUGAUUGACCCACAUGCGGCGGAUCUCCUCCGGACAGGAGGACUCGGACCCGGACUCGGACCCGGACUCGGACUCCAGCAGCCUCCCCUCCACCGCCUGUCUGAACAGUGACACUGAAGCGGUGGAACACUCCGACACACAGUUCAAACGGAGCAGAACCCCAGUCAGGUCUGACGGUCUUCCCUGGACCGGCUCGUCUUCUGGACCCGGACCUCAGGAAACCGAUGAAGUGAUUCAGUCGUAAAUCCGCAGCAACCAGCGGAAUGAUGAACCUGAACCUCCUCCUGCUGGAUUCCACUGGAUUCCACUGGAUCCCACUGGAUCCUGCUCUCAGACCAGGGACUGGACAUUCCUGAGCUCUGGGGUUCAGGUCCUCGGAGUGACGGGGCGCUGGGCUCUGCAGGGUCUGGUUCUCCAGAGGCGUUCCUCGCAGAACGCUGCAGCUGCUGCAUGAUGGGAAGAUCUGAUGGAACUCAGACGUCCGCCCCGAGGAGAGCAGCCGAACCUCUGCCGAUCAACGUGAUCCUACAGAGCUGAAGAUGGUCUGACGGCAGAAGGACCUGAGCGCUGCAGGGUCCACCAGAAGACAGAAGACAACAAGAUGUCGGUGAAGCUGCGAUUCAGCUCCACCCCUGACGGAGGUUUGCUGCAGCGGAGCCGCUCCUUCACCGGCUUCGGCUCGCUCUCAGGAACUCGCUCGCCCUCUGCUCGUAACUCCCUCCGCGCCAAGGCCAUGGCAGGAGGAAAAUCUCCCAGAAUGCACCUGUCCCCCCGCCGGGGCUCCGGGCUGACGUGGUCUCUGCAGCCGGACCAGGUGGACCAGGUCUUCCAGGCUCUGCGUCGAGGACUCAGGGAACAUCUGGAGGGGCACCAGGCCGAGAUGGACUUCCUGUCGUCACAGCAGAGAGAGAGCAAGAGGAACUCCAGACUGGCUUUCCUCUACGACCUGGAGAAGGAGAUCCGAGCGCUGGAGAGAUUCAUCCGGCGGCUGGAGUUCCAGAUCAGUAAGGUGGAGGAGCUGUACGAGUCGUACUGUAUCCAGCGGCGGUUGAGUCAGGGAGCCGUCAACAUGAAGAGAGCCUUCAGUCUGUCUCCGUCCAGCCGGGCGUCCCGGGAGAGCCUGCUGGAGCUGAACCGCAACCACCGGCACAGCCUGCAGGACAUGUCCACCAUGGAGGAAGAGCUGGAGGUCCUCCUCGGAGAGCUGCACAUCAAAAUGAAGGGUCUGAUCGGCUUCGCUCGGCUCUGCCCCGGAGACCAGUACGAGGUGGUGGUGCGUCUGGGCCGGCAGCGCUGGCGGAUCCGGGGCAGGAUCGAGUCGGACGACUCCCAGUCGUGGGACCAGGAGGACAUGGUCUUCCUGCCUCACAUCCACCACAACUUCGAGAUCAAGGUGACGGAGGCCAAGGGCCUGGGCUGGCUGCUGGUCGGUGCCGUGACGUGCGCCAGCGCCGACUUCUUCGCCGUGAAGCCGCGGCUCAUGCUGGUGGACGUGACGGAGCUGGGCACCAUCAAGCUGCAGCUGGAGGUCAGCUGGAGCCCGUUGGACAGUGUCCCCCAGCCCAGGCCUCUGUCCGUCUCCAGCAGGAAGAGUUCGGUCUACAGCUGGACGGCGCCGAACACGCCGUCCUUCAGUGAGAAGUACUUCAUGUCGAUGGUCCGGCAGCUGCAGGACGAGGACGGCUCGCUCCCGUCCCUGCUGUCCCCGGGUCGCCGGGCCAGAGGUGGGGUGUCUCUGCUCAGCUACCUGUCCCACCCGUCCCACGGCUCUGCCGGGCCGCAGAGCCUCCGCCCGGCCAGCCUGCAGGGGGCGCACGGCGACCCGUCCAGCCCCAGUCCGGGGGCCAGCCAGACCCAGCUGUCCCUAGGGGGACAGGAGCAGUGGGGAGCCGUGUUCGAUUCUCCGUCCUCCUCAGAGGACAGUGGGACUCUGGAGAGGUGCAGCACUCCAGACCUCCUGAGGAAGAGCCCGGGUGGAGGAGCAGAGCCGGAGGCGGGCCGGUUGGAGGCGGGCCGGGCGGAGGCGGGCCGGGCGGAGGCGGGCCGGGCGGAGCAGGUGCAGAACUCCUCAGGUUCUGGGCUGAGUCCUGUCUCGCCGUCCGAUCAUCCCCCAGUGGCGUCCCCUUCGUCGUCCCCGUCCUCGACCGCUGCCCCGUCGGCGGGGAGGAGGUCAGAGCCAGGCAGAGCUCGGGGCAGAGCUGGGGGCGGAGCUGGGGGCGGAGCUCUGGCCCUCCGGCUGGGAGCCCUGAUGGCCGAGGUGGAGAAAGGCCUGCGGGACCAGGACUGCUGGGACCGGCGGCUCCGGGCCCUGGACCACCAGAUCCUUCACCUGGGAACCAUCCUGAAGAACGACCUGUCCCUGAUGAGGAGCCGGGUGGAGGAGGAGGAGGUGGAGGAGAGCCUGGAGGUGGAGCAGGUCCUGGAGAGCUUCGACUUCCUGUCGCAGGACUUCCCCGUGGACGAGGACGCGUCUCGUUCCGGCAGCUGGACGCUGCAGGACAGCGGCAUCGGCUCUGUCCGGCGGAGCGGCCCGAGGAACCCGGGCCGGACGCCAUCACAAGACCCGCUGCCCUUCGCCCCGUUGACUUCUGGGAACUGGAGUCUGGACCAAGCUCUGGAGACCCAUCUGGACCUCUGCUGCAUCUUGCUCCAGACGCUGAGAACCAGCACCUUUGAGGCGUCCAGGACGAAGCUGCUGGACGAAGUGUCCCUCCAGGCGGACGUUCUGGACCGGGUCAGCGCUCUGUUGCUGGAGGACAGCCGCGGCGUCUCAGCAGGAGACGUUCUCCGCAGCGCGCAGACCGGCCGGGACCUUCUGCUGUUCUGGGACGAGUGCGGCGGCGGCGGCGGUGGCGUCCGAGGCGGCGGUGGCGGCAGCGGCGCCUCGCCGUUCUGCUGCUCCGCCGACACGUUCUGCAGGACCCUGAAGAGGAGGUACACCCACAGGGUGAAGGCCAGGCAGCCGGGACAGGCGGACAAAGUGUUCUCCCAGCUGCUGCAGCAGGUCCAGGCCCCCUGCAGGGUGGUGCCCGCCCCCCGGCCAGUCUGCAGCCCGGACAGGGUCUCCGUCUUCCAGCUGUGGGUCUAUCUGAGGCGCUGGAGCGUCCAGGAGCUCGGGCAACACAUCCAGCGCCUGUCCAGAGAAGAGUACAUCCUGUCGGCCCUCAGGGGCCCCAAACGGAGGCGGGCUCUCAGCAAGCUGCGGGGGAGGAGCCUGGCGGAGCUCCUCCCCCUCGGCUCCACCCUGCAGACGCUGGCCGGCCUGCUGACCGACUCCAACCUCAACGUCUGCAGAGCGGCGGCCGGCUGUCUGCGCAGAGCGGCCGGCUGCAAGGCCCUCCGGAGCCAGGCUCUGGUUUUCUACACGGAGGGUUUGAGGAGUUCUGAUGUUCUGGUCCAGCAGGGAUCCUGUUUGGCUCUGAAGUGCUUGAAGGCGGUGGAGAGCGUGGACCACAUUGCAGACUUAUGGAGGGAAGAAGGGGUACCAGGCCUUCCAGAGGAUGGACCAGCUGUACAGCGACUUGGAGGAGGAGGCCUACCAGAACCAGGAGACCCAGACCACCAUCCUGUAGACCCGCUGCUGGAGGCCUACCAGAACCAGAACCAGGAGACCCAGAUCACCAUCCUUUAGACCCGCUGCUGGAGGCCUACCAGAUCCAGGAGAUGGGGAUCCUGGAAGAUUCGGGUCCUGAGGUGAAGACCUGAUUCCUGGAGGCUAAUCAGAACCAGAACCAGGAGAAGGAGACCCUGGUCCUGACAUGACACCUGCUGCCUGAGCGGACUCAGCCUGGGGUCUGGACGGUUCCGUCCCGGUUCUCUGGGACUCCCUGGAUUCAGACCGGGGUCCCGGUGGGUUUUAUUUCGGGGGCUUUGGAUCCGACAGGGUUCCGGGUCAUGUGGGCGGGUUCUGCGUGGCAGAGAACUGUGUGGUUCUCCUGGCGUCACUGUGUGGAACUCGGACCGUUCCAGCCUGGUUCCAGUUCGGUCCAGAAUGCUGGACUCAAUAAAAACCCUGAAGAUCCUCCAUCGGUCCGUCAUUCAGCCAGAACCCAACAGAACCCAGGUUCUACUGGGUUCCAGGUUCCACUGGGUUCCACCGGACUUCACCUGAUCAGUCUGAUAGUCUUCCUUUUGAAGGAAACUUUCUGCUUUUCAAGACUCAGAAGGUCUGAACUUAAAGUUAAAGAUGACAAAUGAGAGGAACCCUGUAAUCUGGAUCCAGAACCUGAACCAGGACUCUGGAACUCUGUAAUCUGGAUCCAGAACCUGAACCAGGACUCUGGAACUCUGUAAUCUGGAUCCAGAAGCUGAACCAGGGCUCUGGAACCCAAACAGGAGAGGUUCUGGUCUGGUGUGGAUCCAGAGGCUGGUUCCAGAUCAGUCCUUGGGGUUCCCGGUCCAGCGCCUCUUCCAGAGACGGCAGCUGCUUUUGGGUUUGUUUUGAUUCAUUUUCCGUUUUUCUGUUUGUUUCUUUCUUCCUUUCUAUUUUUUCUUCUAUUCCACUUUUUCCUUUUAUUGUUUUUAAUAUUUCAUUUUUCUCUUUUCCUGAGUAAAGCUGCGCUGACAGUUUCAA